GCACACCUUCAGUGACCUCCAUGCCAAACAUUCCCAGGCCUCUCCUCCACCUCCCCCCCCCUCCUCUCUAUCUGUAAAUCAACCACAAUGUACAGAGCCACCGUGCUGUUAGUGACCCUUUGCAUCACCUCGCAGGUUGCAUCGUCAGUCACCGAUGGUUUAUUGCCUAAUGGAGACUUCGAGCAGGGCCCCAGGCCAUCAGAAAUGAAAGGAACAGUGGUGACAGCCAAGAACGCAAUUCCUAACUGGGAAAUUUCUGGCUUCAUCGAGUACAUAAAAUCAGGGCAUAAACAAGGUGACAUGGUGCUGGUAGUGCCUGCUGGAGCCUACGCAGUUCGAUUAGGGAACGAAGCAUCGAUUAAACAAAGAGUGAAGGUCACUCAAGGCCUCUUCUACUCGUUAACUUUCAAUGUGGCUCGCACUUGUGCCCAGGAGGAGAAAUUAAACGUCUCUGUUUCACCAAAUUCGGAACCAAGAGAUUGGGGAAUCUUGCCCAUGCAAACAAUGUAUAGUAGCAAUGGAUGGGAUGCUUAUGCGUGGGCCUUCCAAGCUGAUGGGCCUGAAGUUGAGAUCUCCAUCCAUAACCCAGGUGUAGAGGAGGAUGCUGCUUGCGGCCCACUUAUUGAUUCUGUCGCGUUAAAGCUUUUGUCCAAUCCUAAACGUCCUAAAGACAACUUGUUAAAGAAUGGAAAUUUUGAAGAGGGUCCUUACGUGUUUCCUAACGCAGACUGGGGUGUCCUUGUCCCUCCCAACAUUGAAGAUGACCAUUGCCCUUUACCUGGAUGGAUGGUUGACUCGCUCAAGGCAGUAAAAUAUAUAGAUAGCGAUCACUUUACAGUCCCAGAAGGAAAAAGAGCCGUUGAACUUGUGGCAGGAAAAGAAAGUGCUAUCUCACAAGUUGUAAAAACCACAAUCAGUAAGAUAUAUGCCCUCACAUUCAGUGUUGGGGACACUAGCAACUCAUGCGUGGGAUCAAUGGUAGUAGAGGUAUAUGCUGGUAAGGAUAAGACUCAAGUUCCUUAUGAAUCUAAUGGCAAAGGAGGGUUCAAGCACGCCAAGUUCGUGUUCAAGGCCAUAUCGAACCACACGAGAAUUACUUUCCUUAGCUCAUUUUACACCAUGAAAAGUGACAACUCUGGUUCUCUAUGUGGUCCAGUAUUAGAUGAUGUAAAGCUGGUUAGUGUUCGAAAUCCAUGGCGUCAUCUUGCAUAAUGUGCUAGUUGCAUUGCUUGUGCAACUACAUUGUUCAAUCUUCAUCCAUUUAGAUGAUCAUCAUAUAUCUUUAUAUACUAUAAGAUUUCCUAUGAUGGAAACACGAGGAGCUUGAAAUGAGUUUAAUUAUGAUGUUCCUUCUAUGUACCAAGUAUCUGUGUUUUUCCUGCAACUCAAUAUAUAUGAUAGAAGCUGGUUCCUCGAAA